AUCCAGCUCUCUCGCGCGCGCUCUCUCUCUUUCUCUUUCUCUCUCGUUUUCCAGUCACCAGAGGCGAAUAACGGAACUAGUUAGACCGUAAAUUGCUUGACAGUUUUAAGUUUAAACUUUUUGAUACCGUAGUUUCGUCUAAUAAUAACUCUUCGCGUCCACCUUUAGAACUCUAAACACUGUCUCUUUAAGAGGGUUUACCUACCGACCUCCUGUUGAUCCGACAGCAUUUCCCCACACAUUACGGUUCUUCUGCAUCUCCUGCUAUUCUCUCUGCGCUUUACUUCAUUCUUAACUGUUUAUUUAUUUAUUUAUUCACUUUGGAAACUUGAAGAAGCUCAAACAUGGCAGAGGUAGGGAAAGGAGUCAACGCCGGGAAACUGGCCAGUAAUGUACAGAAGAGGAUAACCCGAGCACAAGAGAAGGUGAUGCAGAAAUUGGGUAAGGCGGAUGAAACGAAAGACACAGCCUUUGAGGAGGGAGUGGCCAACUUUAACAAGCAGCUGGCCGAUGGCACCAAAUUGCAGAAAGACUUGAAAGCGUAUUUGGUGGCAGUCAAAACCAUGCACGAGAGUUCAAAGCGUCUGCAUGACUGUCUGGCAGAAAUGUACGACCCUGAGUGGUUUGGCAAAGAGGAGGUGGACUCCAUCGCAGAGGACACUGACCUCCUGUGGCAAGAUUUCCACCAAAAGCUUGUAGACAGUACACUCAUCUCCAUGGAUACAUACUUGGCUCAAUUUCCAGACAUAAAGGCUCGCAUUGCUAAGCGUGACAGGAAGCUGGUAGACUUUGACAGUGCCAGACAUCAUUUUGCUUCUAUACAAAAAGGCAAGAAAAAGGACGAGGCCAAAAUUGCCAAGCCUCUGACUCUGGUGGAGAAGGCUGCUCCCGGCUGGGCACAGGGAAUAAUCACAGCACAUCAAAUCGCACAAACUAACCUCUCAAGAAACCAGGCUGAGGAAGAGUUGGGGAGAGCUCAGAAGGUAUUUGAGGAGAUCAAUUAUGAGCUCCAGGAGGAACUUCCCACCCUGUGGGACAGUCGUGUUGGCGUCUAUGUUAACACAUUCCAGAAUGUAUCUGGCCUGGAGGAAAAAUUUCACAGGGAUAUGGGCAAACUGAACCAGAAUCUGAGUGAUAUUAUGACCAAACUGGAAGAGCAACGCCUAGCCAAAAAAGGUGUCACGACAGCAAGCACUGUGAAGAGCGAAGAAGCAGCCAACCACAGUCUCUCAGAGUCUGGGUCGGAUGCCCCUAAAUCACCACAAAAGUCCAGAGAGGGACCGCCGGUCGCACGGCCCCCAAGGCCUGCUUCGUCUCAGGAGGUGAAAGAGGACAACAUCAUUAACCUGUUUGAGGAUGCAGUGGUGUCUGACAUUAACGUUUCAACCGAGCCAGAGCCUGGUCAGAUCCCCGCUUCAGACCCCUCCCAGCAAUGGGAUUCAGAUGAUGAAGCUGCCACGCAACCUUACGGCCAGCCAGAUGAAACUCCUCAGUGGUAUGAUGAGGUCACUCCUGCUGUACAGCCGUAUGAACCCCCCAGCUGGGAUGAGCAGGACAGUGUGUCUGCGCAGUCAGGCUGGGCCAGUGAAACGGCUGCGCCUGCAGAGGCUGAACUUGCGCAGCCAGACUGGGAGGACGAUGCUGUGGAGCGCUGGGGCGAGGAAGGGUCCCAGGUAGGGCAAGAGCAGGACGCAGAUACAAACUGGGGCAGUGGUACUGCUAUGGCUUUGGAGGCGGAGUCAGAGCCGCCUCAGUGGGAGGAGCUUCAAAGUAAUGAAGCUCCAGCAGUGACAAAUGGCUCAUCAGAUGCAGAGCUUCCUCCAUCGGUUCUCUAUAAGGUGAAAGUAAUGCAUGACUAUGGAGCAACAGACAGCGAUGAACUUGACCUGAAGGCUGGUGACAUUGUGCUUGUGCUUCCCUUUGCCAACCCAGAUGAACAGGAUGAAGGCUGGUUAAUGGGUGUAAAAGAGUCAUACUGGAUUCAGAAUAAAAACCUCCUAGUGAAAGGAGUCUUCCCUGAAAACUUCACCCAGAAACUGUGAGCGGAACAGCCAUCUCACAAUCACCUGUUCUUAUCCUUCGUUUUCUCACCACUCUACUGUGAUGCCAUUUUUUAUAAAACAUCUUCAAAAAUAAGUGCUUCUCAAGCCAAAAAAAAAGCUCUGUUCUAUAUACAUGGUCACUUUCAUAGAAUUGGAGUAGGAAUAAAUGAUAAAUUCAUCAGA